GAUUCUUUUGACAUUUCUCGAAACCACAAAACCUAACCUCCCUCAAGAAUUAUUUACAAAAUACCAUUCAGCCAAGAUGCCUCCGAAAAAGGAUGCGAAAGGCGGCUCCAAGGACAGCAAAGGAGCAAAAGGUGGCAAGUCUGCAGGAGGCGACUCAGACAAAGCCGGCAAAGAAAAGAAAGGAGGCAAUGCGGUGAAGGUUCGUCACAUUCUCUGUGAAAAGCAAGGCAAAAUUCUUGAAGCAAUGGAGAAGUUGAAGGCUGGCCAGAAGUUCCCAGACGUUGCUGCGGCUUAUAGUGAAGAUAAAGCUCGACAAGGAGGCGAUUUGGGCUGGCAAAUUCGGGGCGCCAUGGUAGGACCUUUCCAGGACGCAGCUUUUGCACUGCCUAUUUCAACCGUAGCUAAUCCUGUUUAUACUGAUCCGCCUAUUAAAACAAAGUUCGGGUAUCACAUCAUUAUGGUGGAAGGAAAAAAAUAAAUCUUUUGUAAGUGAUAA